AAUAUUAUUGCCGUCCACGCAAAGGUGGGGGCAGCGUGAGAUUAUAAGAACAUGUAUUUUCGACAAUGCAAGAAUCUUUCUUCCCCAACUUAAUCCCUACACGAAUUAAUAAUUAAAUUAAAGAGUGAAAUUCAUUCGUUUAUGGAAGAAGAAGAAGAAUCGGAAUCGGAAAGGGAAGGGAGAAGCCAAAAGAUCGAAACAGAAACUCCAAGCUUUGAACUAACUUCCAUGUUCACUUGAUCCAAAGAAAAGAAAAAAGAUUUUGUAAGUGAUCAAAGUUUUCAAUGGGAAAAGGCCCCUUCUCGUUCCGGCGCCCUUCUAUUAGGCGUCGCCGUCCGAAAUCUACGGCGGUACCUCAAUCGCCAAAGCCGAUACCGACUGCUGGAGCCGUCGCUUCUUCAACUUCGCCUCCGCCUCCUAGCACCGGUAACUUGAUUGGUGGAGGAGGCGGUGGUGGUGGGGUGGUGGCGGCGGGGAAGGGGAAGAAGAAGGCGGCGGGAGCAAGGCUGUGGAUGAGAUUCGACGCGAUGGGGGUAUCGGAGCUGGUGGAAUAUGAUAAGAGUACGAUAAUUAAGAGGGCUUCGAUUCCUGCUAGGGAUUUGAGGAUUCUUGGCCCUGUCUUCUCUCACUCAUCAACGAUUCUUGCCAGGGAGAAAGCCAUGGUUGUGAAUUUAGAGUUUAUAAAGGCAAUAGUUACAGCUGAAGAAGUUCUUAUACUGGACCCUCUACAACAGGAGGUGCUUCAAUUCGUGGAUCAACUAAGACUACAACUUCCUCAUAAAAGUGCAUAUAAGACACAAGGAGCAGGCGCAGCGGAUGUUAAUGAUAGUGAAACUCAUGUUUCAACUGGCGGACGGUGGUUACCAGUUCCAGAAGCCAUGGAGGGUUUGCAGUGUGAGCUUCCAUUUGAGUUUCAGGUUCUGGAGAUAGCUUUAGAGGUUGUCUGCUCGUUUCUGGACAAAAGUGUGGCAGAACUUGAGACGGAUGCUUACCCUGUGUUGGAUGAACUGGCUCGAAAUGUCAGUACCAAGAAUCUGGAACAUGUUAGGAGUUUGAAAAGCAAUCUCACUCGUCUUCUUGCACGUGUACAGAAGGUGAGGGAUGAAAUUGAACAUUUGUUGGAUGACAAUGAAGAUAUGUCAAAUUUGUAUUUGACGAGAAAGUGGAUCCAAAAUCAGCAAUUGGAGGCUUUGUCGGGAGGUGCAGCCUCAAAUAGCAUCACUACUAUUUCGCCUCGUUUACCUCGACUUAGUUCAAACAGGAGUGCAAGUUUGGUGAGCAGCCACAAUUUAGAUGACGACGAUGUCGAGGAUCUAGAGAUGUUGCUCGAGGCAUAUUUCAUGCAACUGGACGGGACGCGAAACAAGAUAUUAUCUGUCCGCGAAUACAUCGAUGACACAGAAGACUACGUUAACAUCCAACUUGACAACCAACGAAACGAACUCAUUCAACUCCAAUUGACGUUGACCAUCGCAUCGUUCGCCAUAGCCGUCGAGACAUUAAUAGCUGGAUGGUUCGGCAUGAACAUCCCUUUUACAUGGAACAACAAGGAGGGGAUAUUUGAAAUCUUUGUGGGAGGUAUUACAGUCGGGUGUGUGCUGAUUUUCCUUCUGAUCCUAGGAUAUGCCAGAUGGAAGAAGCUGAUUGGUUCUUAAAACUGAUCCUUCAUCAUCAACUAUGAAUGUGCUUUUCACCAUAGUUGUGCCCCAUCAAUGGGAUAUAAUUGAAGUAUGUACAGAAAUCAAAGGCCAAUUAUCCAAAUUCUCUGAUACAUGCUUUAAAUCUAUGAAAACUGAAGGUCACAUUUUUCUUUA